AUGGAAAACACGAGCACAGCCACCUACGUAGGCCUUGAGCUCACGUGCGCGCGAAGUACACGCCUUGCCAGCGACCGCGUUUAUGUAGGAACUGCAGACGGAAGCGUAUGGGCAAUUGCCGCACCUUCGCUGCAGGAUCCACGCCAUCAUGACGAAGUCGGGCUGUCGCUCUCGCGCGUAUACUGGUCCUUGCGUUUGUGUAUACACGCCAUCACGAAUGUGUGUGGCGUGGACGCGGAUGUGAAGUAUACACACACGCUGCUGGUCGGUAGUGCUGGUGGAGAGCUCGUGGUAUUGCGCGAAGCGUUGGAAGUUCGACGUUUUCAGUUGGAAGGCGGCGUGCAUGACAUUUGUUAUACUGGAAGUGGCGCGUUCAUUGUGGGCGAUGCGCUAGGCAACUUGUACUGUGUAACGCAGUACGAGAUUCUAUGGAAGCGACGGCUCUCAGCUAAUGCGAAUGCUGGAGACGACGCUGGUGCAGAGUUUUUCUACCCAGCUGCGACGCAGCCCAUAGUGCAUGCGAUCGCGCGAGUCAGGCUGCUGGACGUGGAACACACGCUAUCAAACUACGUUUUGGUGGCAAGUGGCCAAAAGCAUGUAGUGGCGACGUGUUGUGGUAAAACGUUUGCUGUGAUUCCGACCCGUACGCCAAUGAAAACGCUGGCUGUUUUCGAGGGUGUAGACGAAGACAUUGUAUUGGCUGCUGGCGAGGAAGGAAUAAUCUAUCGGCUUGUAAGCAAUCGAGAUGUAGUGUCGAAGGAGAUGCCUGACUUUCGAUUUGCGAUGGAAGUGUGGGUCAAGACAUCCGUUUCCGUUGUAAAGCUAUUGUCGUUGCAGACCUCCUCCAAAGUGAAAGUGUCUGAUAUAGCAUGGCUCUGUUUGGGUUCGGAUGGCGGAGUUGCUCUCUUCCGUGGUCAAGAGUGUGUAAAAACGUGGGAUGCAGCAUCGUUCUCUAGUGCUCUGAGUGCCGGCUUGGAUUUCCCCGUCGACGUGACACUACUAGCUAGUGGCGACGUGAGUAGUUUGCAACUACGUGGAGCUAUCGCGUUUCGAGACCGGAUACGCACAUUCCCGAUCGACCUCACGGGUCAGCGGUAG